ACAUACACUAGAGCACCAGACUACUUCACUGUAUAUCCAGUCCCAUCACUGAGACACAGACUGGGUGAGAAUUCAAGAGAUUACCAGAACAGGAUCAACCAUGGGGAAUCGGAACACUCUCUCGAGACUUGAUCAUUGUAAAGGGACCGGCCAUGACCUACACCUCCAAACACCCUCCUCCCACGCGUGCCACAGUCAGUGCCUGGGACCCCUGAGCUUCCACCCACAAACCCACGGCUCCCAGAUCACAAUGCACCCGGGCCUCCACCGGGUGGAGCGGAGAGACACCUUCAGAGACGGCCUCGUGUUCACCAGCCGGCCGGUGGCGCUGAUGGAGCACGUGAUCCUGCGAGUGGAGGAGAGCGAGGGGCACUGGCAAGGAGCUCUGCGGCUGGGCUUCACCACUCACUGCCCCUCCUGCAUGAACCCCGACUCUCUGCCCCCCUUCGCCUGCCCUAAUCUGAAGGGCCGGCCUGGGUUCUGGGUGGGGGCGAUCCCAGAGGAGUGCGCCCGGCAGGGGGACAGGAUCGCGUAUUGGGUGAACAAGAAAGGGGAGUUGCUGUACAGAGUGAACAGUGGAGAGACGUACCUGCUGCUCAGAGGGGUCAAUGUGAACAGUACACUGUGGGGGCUGAUGGAUGUGUACGGACAGACACGCGCGCUGCAGAUACUAGGCUCGACGAAAAGGAGUGCGUUCGGCACCCAAACCUCCUGCCCUCGAAACACGCCCUUCGACCGGCGAGACACCCCAGUGAACCCCGAACCCCGAACAGGGGGCGCUGAAGACUGCGUGGUUUGCCUCUCCAGUCCCGUGAGCACCGUUCUCGCGUGUGGUCACGCCUGCAUGUGUGUCCCGUGUGCGGAAAACGUGUGGGACCGGAUCGGAACAUGUCCUUUGUGUCGGAAACUAAUCGCUGAGAUCACGAUAACCGGCUCCAAAUCUGAGAGAUCGCAACUGGAACUGGAAGUGAGUGAGAAACCAGCAUUAAGAAGCACUGAGGCUCCUAGAACAACCAAGAGAUGAACAGGAGACGACCCGGUAGUAGUCAUCCACAUCAGUACAAACAAUAUUGGAAGAGACAAGCCAAGAUCCCUGCAAAACAAAUUCAGAGAGCUAGGAAGGAAAUUAAAAGACAAGACCAAAACUGUGGUACACAGGAAGGCUUCACCUUUCUUGAACAUUGGAAACAUUGAAAGAGUGCAAAGAAGAGCAACCAGGAUUAUCCCAGGUUUAAAAGGCAUGUCGUAUGCAGACAGGCUAAAAGAAUUGAAUCUAUUCAGUCUUGAACAAAGAAGACUAUGCGGUGAUCUGAUUCAAGCAUUCAAAAUCCUAAAAGGUAUUGACAAUGUCGACCUAGGGGACUUCUUUGACCUGAAAAAAGAAACAAGGACCAGGGGUCACAAAUGGAGUUUAGAUAAAGGGGCAUUCAGAACAGAAAAUAGGAGGCACUUUUUUACACAGAGAAUUGUGAGGGUCUGGAACCAACUCUCCAGUAAUGUUGUUGAAACUGACACCCUGGGAUCCUUUAAGAAGCUGCUUGAUGAGAUUCUGGGAUCAAUAAGCUACUAACAACCAAACGAGCAAGAUGGGCUGAAUGGCCUCCUCUCGUUUGUAAACUUUCUUAUGUUCUUAUGUUCAUACUGGAUAAACUGCUGCUAUAUCCCUAAUCCAUCAUUUGAAUGGCAAUGCAGGCAGGCAGAGAGACCGGCUCACAGACGGUGGUUCUGUACUGUCUAAGGUACAAUGGUAGCACAAAGGCAUCUACAAUGGUACCAGAAGCCCAUUCUUCCACAUUCUGUCCAGGACAUUUGAAUUUGAAGAUAUUACUAAAAAAAUGAAGGACAUUCUAAGAAGUUAUUUCAAAGCUGUGUCCCACAAUCGUGAACUCAAACAUGAUUCCUCUGGGAUUCAUGCUCAUCCAACCCUUACCACGCACUGCACUUGAAACAUGUUGACUCUCCAGUUUGUUUACAUCUACCUCUGGCAGGUCCUGCGACUGGUAAGAUGGGACAAGCCGUGAGUCUAUACACGCUGACACUCAUGAGCCAUGAUGUGAUUAAUGCAAGAGAACUGAAUACCUGUAACCAAAGUGAAUGCAUUGAUAUGCACCGUGCACGACUCCUGCAGUGAAUUUCCACUGUUAUUGCACAAAUACUCUGAACUGUGUAAAUAUUGUACGUGCAAUUAGUAUUGUAUUGUGUUGCGCAAGUAUGUAUUUUUAUAAUGUAUAACAUAAUAGCAGACUCUGAUAGUGAAGUGACUCAGAUACCUGUACACUGUUGUAAUCAGAUAAUGCCACUUUAAGAGCAGGAGACAUAUUUUCAAAGCGUUUCCUCAGUUUUUUAAUGAAGUCCUGUGUUUUUUUUUUUAAAGAGGUGUAACGCCUGGUUAUUUAACAAAAACAGAACCAAGUCAAAUAACCCAAGUUCUCUUCGGUAUUCAAAAGGUUUCUCAUUUUGAAACAUUUGAUUUUUUUUUCUCUUUUCAUAAAGUUAAUUAAAGACUGGAGUGUAAGUGCUUUUUAAAAUGCGUCCCGUAGUAUUUAGUUAUUAUCAUUAUUGAACUAUAUAGAGUAUAAAGCAUAGAGUGCUUUGAGAUACACACUGAUUCGCACCCCAUUGAACGUCACAGUGACCAGAUAUCAGCUUGUAUGAAAUUCUAGAUACCACCAGCUUAUUGAGACUUUACUGUACUCCACUGAGUCAUGUCUGACUCUAAAAAAUGACAUUGUAAAUUAUGAAUAUUUUGUUACUUGUUAUCAUGUAUUGUAUAAGGUUGUGUGAAGGACAAUUACAUUGUGAAUAAACACUGUUCAUUUUUCUAAAAACA